ACCCUUUUGACUAACUCUUAUCAGAAUUUUCCUUCUCAAAAAUCUCCAUUUCAGAUUCAAAGAAAGCUAAAGAUUGGAUCGUUGUUCAAACCGCAGAAAAGAUCGCAGAGAGGUUUCUUGAUCUGUGAAAAUCAGAGAAAGUUUUCAGGAAAUGAGUCCGCAUGUUUUAGAUCUUGCGAAGGGUUCUGAAAUCUCUAACGAUAUCACCGAUUUCGUUCACUAUAGAAUCGAGUAAUGCAUACAAGACUACAUGGGCAAGGAAGAAACUGCGAAUUUUAUAUUCGAUACAUUUGGAGUCCCACAUAAAUUUACCAGAUUAAUUUGGUAUCUUCUUGAAAAAGCAAAUCCACAUUUCUUCAGCUGUUUCAAAAGACAUUGUGAGAAUAUUCGGAAUGCACCAAGUGAAGAAGUAACGUCGCAUGCUCAAACAAGACAAUCAAAUGUUGAGAUUGAAACUUCUUUAGAAGAUUUAGCAGAGGCAAGUACAAGCUUCACAAAAUCAGAUAACAAACCUAGAGCAAAGCGUUUAAAGGCUCGAAAGGCGGAAGAGAAACAACAACAACGUCCAAUAUAUCCUAUUCGUUGCUUGACAGAGACUGCUCCAAAUGAUGCAUCAUCACAAGUGUCUCAAGAAUCUGCUACUACUAAUGCUGGUGAUGCCCAAAAUCCUGUGCAAAAGGUUUCAAGUAAAGCGAGGCGGUCCAAGGCUCGAAAGAAAGUGAAACAAGAAAAGCCGCAACAAGCUCCAUGUUCUCCCUCAACAGCAACUGUUCAAAAUGUUGAGAGAGCUGAAGCAUCUCAAUAAUCUGAUGCUGAGACCAUUUUGAAGCAGAUUUCAACUAGAAUACGACUGCUUGAGAGUAUCAUAGAACAAGUUCACAAAAUACUGAGUAAUGUACUUGGACCACCUCGUUCUGCUGCGAAACAGCGAUCAUGGAAACAAGUGAGAGGUGAUUAUGAACAAGCAGAGAUGCUUCAGGAUCUGAAUCAACAAGUCCAACAAGAAAUGACGAGAAUGGACAUCCCGCGAAAUCAAGCCAGCGAAGAAGAUACACUACAUGAUUGACAGAGAUCAGAUUCUUACAUUUGCAUAGU